ACACAGGGGGGUGGUGUUUUAUUACGGCAUGCCCAAGCUGUGCAGGAACUGCGGCGAGUUAGGUCACUUAGCCGCAGCCUGCACAGUGGUCAAGUGUAAAUCGUGCGGCGGCGAACACGAGACCAGGGCAUGCCGUGACCCGAAGCCCUGUAACCUCUGCGGAGCGAGGGGGCAUCUCUUUAGAGAUUGUCCCCUCUCGUACGCGAACAGGGCUCGGAGCACCGCCCCCCCUCCACCGUCUGCUGCCCCCCCUCCGGCCCCGCUCCCCCCGCCUACCCCCAUGCCACGCACCAGACCACCCACCCCUACCUCCUCCCAGCCUGGAAGCCCAACCCCACAUGCACAGACCCCAGCACAAGACCCUACCCCCUGUAUCCCCACUGCCGGAAUCCCCAACUCCACAGCGUCCCCUGCUCUAGACCCCACCAAUCCCGCCACUGUCACCAUUAAGGAGGAGCCUGACUCUGACACCCCCAUUGUGGUGUUGGAGUCAGACUCCUCAACAUCAGACUCGGAUUCCAUUACUCCAUGGCAACAAGCUAGGAAGAAAAAGGGCAAACGAAUCAGAUCACCCACAAUAGUACAACAACAACCGCAACCUCCCAACCCAGCAAUAGUUCGCCACACAUCCAAAAUUACAAAACCCUUAAAACAGUUAAACCCAAAACCGGUACAUAAAACACCACCUACAGCCAGGCCUGAGCCCCCUCCCCGCCCUACAAAACCACCCACACCACCGCCAGUACACUGCACUGAAGUUCUACAUACCACCACCACCACACAACUAAAAACUAUUAGGGACCAGCCAGUCUCCGGUCCAGACCCUGUUAAAGGAUCUGGAACAGCAACCUCCUCUCAGGGCCCUCCAGGGACUGGGGGGAAGCCUGGGGCAAAAACACCUGCCCCCACCUCUCCAGGACGGAACCUCCCAGGCAGUCAGGAGGGGAGGCCUGUGGGUGCACAUGGUCCGGGGGUGAGUAGGCGCCUCAAUAACCAGGACUUGGUAAACCAUAAACUCAAUAACAUCUGUAAACAAAUAGCCAAUAGUAAUAUAGGAAAAUAAAUCACACAUAACAAUAAAACUUAUGUCACACACAAUAACCAUUUCUACAUUAAACACACGCAGUAUUAAAGAUUCUUCAAAACGUCAUACAGUCUUCUCCAUCCUAUCACAGGUCCCCUCAGACGUCAUCCUGCUCCAGGAAUGUGGUAUUCCGUUCCGGGAGCUGGAUGGCGUUCUGGGGGAGGGAUGGAGAAUGGGAGACUCUCUCUGGUCUGGCUCUAACAUCGCCAGAGCUGAUGGGGUCGGCACGUUGGUAAAAAACCCCUACGUACGUAUAACAUCCAGCAGCGUAGUAGAGAGUGGGCGAAUCCUCGUCACCGAUUUCGAUGUCGGGGGUUCCCCACUCAGGGUGAUCAACGUGUACGGCCCCACCAGCGUGGCCGAGAGAGUCUCCCUUUUCACAAAAUUACCGUCAUUAAUCCAUUGCACAAUGCCGGUUGUCGUGGGGGGGGAUUUCAACUGUGCUUUAACAGAUGAGGACCGCAGCAGACCCAGACGGGACCGCUCCAGCGACCUGCUGCGGUCCCUCAUAGAGGACUUCUCCCUCCGCGACGCCGGGGGCGCCUCUCCCCCCCAACACACGUGGAGGUGUGGUGGUGUCUGAAGAGGCGGAGGUCCGGGAGGUGGCCCGGGAGUUCUACGGGGGCCUCUAUAGCGAGAGGCCCUCCGAUG